AGCAAAUGUUCCUCACUACCAUAGUCCUCAACACUACUAUUCCCAAAACCCCAUCUCCUUCUCCUCUCUCUCUCUCUCUCUGAUAAUCCCAAAUGGCCACUCCAAAACACGUCGUUGCGCUCUUGAUCCUUGCCUUUCUCUCUGUCUCCAUCAGUGUUGAAGCAAGAGACGUCAAGGAGCGCCAAGCCUUCAGCAAGUUCACCAAUGCCAACGACAACGACGACAAAGAGAACGCCCGAGUCAUCCCCACCAAGGAAGUGUCUCUCACCACCGCAGAAACCUUGAAGAAGCAAGAGAACCAAGAGCAACAGCCGACCUUCCUUCCGCAGACCAAGAACGGGUAUGGCCUCUACGGUCAUGAGGAAGAGAUGGUCAAAAACACUCCCGCCACUGCCACCCCCACCUCCACCGGCAACCGCCCGUCCAAAACGACGAUGCCGGCCGACUCGUUCUACAGCUACCCGAAUGGCAAUUUCGAGAACAGCAACAACUAUUACAAUGACAGGAGCUACGACAAGAGGAGCAACAACUACUACAACAAGGAUGCUUAUGUCGCGGACCAGAGGGAGCAAGCCCGCGACACUUACGUGCCGGAGGAGCAAAACUUUGGUGGCAACACUCGGCUUCAGGAUAGCAGCUACACCACCACCGCCACCACCGGCUCCCGUACCACAAACGACCGCAACAACUACUUUACCGGCGGCAAUAGGUACGGCGCCGCGCAGCAAGAAGGGAUGAGCGACACGAGGUUUAUGGAGAACGGGAAGUACUACUACAACGUGGACAACGAGGAGAAGUAUUACCAAAACAGGUAUCAGAGGUCGAAGCCCGAGUACUCGACGCAGGGGUACUAUGUCAAUACCAACCAAAACCGCAACAACAACAACAACAACGUCAACCUCUACGAGCAACAGUACAACAACGUCAACGACAACUCCAUGGGAGGAUACCAGAACGAGGAGGAGUUCCAGGAGAGCCAAGACGAUGAAUUUGUGCCAUGAGAGAGAGAUAGACUUAUUACUUUGAUGCAUUCUGAAAGGAUGAAAUUGAAGUGGUUUAAUUAUUCACGAUAUGUUUGAAUUAUGGCGUUUUGUGGUGGGAGGAGAGACGUAAAAUUAAACUAUACACUUUAGCUUUACUUUAAUUUGUGGCCUUAUUUUCGCAGUAUUCCCUGGGACUGCGUGUUUAAAAAGAUGAAAAAGUUUGGUGGUGUGGAAAUGUAUUUGGAUCGAAGCUGAGGGUUUAAUACUAAUAAAAAAUGUAUAUGGAAAAA